UUGGUGGUUGUGGGGCAACAGGAAGUUCCAGGCAGGCUCCUUAACUGUGUUGUCAAGAAGAUAACUUUUGUGUCGGGUUCAAAUGUAUUACUACGUAUGUAAUGGCACAUUUAAACGUUCUAAUAUCUCAUUUAACAUUUUCACGUGUUUGUUUGUUUAACCAAAAUCCACAAUCCGACCUGCGAAAGGUAGCAAUACGCAACACAGAGUCUGCCCGAAAUGUACAUGAAGAAUAAGAUGUCGCCAUAGAUAGAACAAUGAGACAGACAUUUCACCGGAUGCAUAAAUGUGAAGCAUCUGCUUUGUGAGAGGAAGCCCAUUGGCUUGCAGUGGGAGAAUGGAGGUGGAUUUUUGCCGACAUUCUGCACAUUUCCUCAUCGAUGAAACAUUUGAUUUCGAUACAGUUUUCUGUUCCCAAAACUAGAAUAUGAACAGAGUGGACUAAGUUGUGUAGACUUUACCCUUUGCAACGUUUUGAAAAAUCGCGUUGUUUAGAAAGAGUGAGUUAUUGCACACGCGCACUUCACGGAGUAGGCGUUCCCUAAAGGAAACCUGCAGAUGCGUGCUAGAACGCGCCAAUAGGAUUCGCUAGCUCAUGCUUGGCUCUGGCCACUUCUCCUUCCUUGUUCUGCCCUCUAUUACUCAUUUGUUCCCGUUGGAACCGACAGGCUGUGGUAUAUCUUAGUUUAGUUGUAAAGAUCUUCGAUCUCACAUUUGCACGGUGGUAUCACAUACACAUCUUUGGUGGUAGUGGGAGAACAGGAUGUUCCGGACAGGCGCCUUAACUGUAUUGUCAAGAUGAUAACUUCUGUGUCCGUUUCAAAUGUAUUACUACUGGUAUGUAACAGCACGUUCUAAUAUCUAAAGAACAUGUCAUAACAUGUUGGGUCACAAAUAACUUAAAGUUGUAUCACGUUUGGUGAAGGUUUUACGUGUUAUUUUUGUGUCAAGCCGAAUGAGUGAAGAACGUGAUCAAAUUUAUUUUUCAUGUCACAUAAACUAGAGACUGGGUUUGUCUGGCUGUACAUCAUUUCUCAAAAGGUAAUUUCAUUAAAAAAAUAAAAGUAUUUGAUGUUUCUGAGUACGUUUUGUGUAAAAUUCACAAGCUGGUAAAAUGGUGGCGCCCACUUGGUCUGCUUCAACGGACCUCGGUGCAGGCAGUGCUCGUGCAUCAGAGAGACAAAUCCACAGCUACACUACUGGUUUGAAGAUGAAUGACGACUCAGAUCAAGUCUGAGGCCGGUAACAUCAACAGUGAGGACAAACCCAGCCUGCUUCUCUCCUUCCACACUGAGUCCAAACCUACAGUCACUGGGUCCUGAUUGUGACAGUGGAGCCCAGUUUGCACUGCAGGAUCCAGAGAUGGCAUCAGUGAAGCUGGAAGACUGCAGUCAAACACUGGAGCUGAAUGUCAACAUUAAAGAGGAAGAGGAGGAGAAGAUUGGGACAUCUGUUUAUGAUGGCCAACGAGGAUUAAGUCUGAUUCCGGUAACAUCAACAGUGAGGACAAACCCAGCCUGCCUCUCUCCUUCCACACUGAGUCCAAACCUACAGUCACUGGGUCCUGAUUGUGACAGUGGAGCCCAGUUUGCUCUGCAGGAUCCAGAGAUGGCUUCAAUGAAGCUGGAAGACUGCAGUCAAACACUGGAGCUGAAUGUCAACAUUAAAGAUGAAGAAGAGGAGGAGAAGAUUGGGAAAUGUGUUAAUCAUGGAGACCAUGUUGAGACAUUCUCUACAUCCAGAGAGCAACAGCAGGAAGAUCACAGAGCUAAGAGGUCUCACCACUGCCCACAUUGUGAGGAGAUUUUCCCAUUUCUAUCAAAGCUAAAAACACACCUAAAAAUACACACAGGAGAGAAUCUGUAUUCCUGCACUGACUGCGGGAAGAGUUUCACAACAUCAAGGGCUCUGACGGUUCAUCGGAGAGUACACACAGGAGAGAAGCCUUACAACUGCUCUGACUGUGGGGAGAGUUUCUCUCAACAGAGCAAUUUAAAAAAACACCAACGUAUACAUACAGGAGAGAAGCCUUACUCUUGCUCGGCCUGUGGGAGGAGUUUCUCUCAACAGAGCAACUUCAAAAAACACCAACGGAUACACACAGGAGAGAGGCCAUACUCUUGCUCUGACUGUGGAAAAAGCUUCACAACAUCAACUGAGCUAACAGUUCAUCAGAGAACACACACAGGAGAGAAGCCUUACUUCUGCUCUGACUGUGGAAAGAGUUUCUCCCGAUUGGAUACCUUAAAAGUACAUGAACGUGUGCAUACAGGAGAGAAACCAUACUCUUGCUCUGACUGUGGAAAAUGCUUCACAACAUCAUCUGAGCUAACAGUUCAUCAGAGAACACACACAGGAGAGAAGCCUUACUUCUGCUCUGACUGUGGAAAAAGUUUCUCCCAAUUGGAGAAGUUAAAAUGUCACCAGCGAAUACAUACAGACCAAAAGUCUUACUUCUGCUCUGAUUGUGGGAAGAGUUUCACCCGAUUGGAUACCUUGAAAUGUCACCAGCGAAUACAUACAGGAGAGAAGCCUUACUUCUGCUCUGAUUGUGGGAAGAGUUUCACCCGAUUGGAUACCUUGAAAUGUCACCAACGUAUACAUACAGGAGAGAAGCCUCAUCAGUUCUCUCAGACCAGCUAAGAGUAAAGUCAUUACAUCACUUCAUUCUCAUCUCAUAAAUGAAGUGCUAACAGUGAAUUUGAUAACAUUUAAGAAAGAAUAAAACACUAUUGGGAUCCUAUUGUUUCUCACUGUAAGAGAACUGUGCAGAGGAAAGGAAGAGUUAUAGAAUUCUUGUUAUUUUACUGAUCAGUGAGCACCAUGUCAGUUUUUUUUAUUUAUUUAUUUAAUUUAGCUUUUACUCUAAAGAUAUUGAGAGUACCUUGAAUUUGCCCUUAGGGUUGAAUGCCCUCUGAGGCUUCUCACAUUGUAACCAUGUAGUCUGAUGGCUGACUGGGUAGUACUGCUUCCCUCUGUAGUUCUCUGUGGAAAUGAGCUGGUAGACACAACAUGUGUCAGAGAUGGUGUGAUGAUCAGUUCUCUGUGGAAAUGAGCUGGUAGACAACAUGUAUCAGAGAUGGUGUGAUCAGUUCUCUGUGGAAAUGAGCUGGUAGACACAACAUGUGUCAGAGAUGGUGUGGUGAUCAGUUCUCUGUGGAAAUGAUCUGGUAGACAACAUGUAUCAGAGAUGGUGUGAUCAGUCUUCACCAUUAGUUUGGGUGGAUUAUUAUUUUUUACUACGAAGUAACUUUUGUUUAAUGAUACACAUACUUUGAAACGACUACAUGUUUAUUAAAUUGUCUUACUAGAUUUAUUAUUUGUCAUCAAAUGUAUUUGGUUAACUGCAUUGAACUUGAUAUGCUAAUUAAAAAUAAAUAUUCUACAUUCA